CUCUCUCUGUCUCUCUCUCUCUGUCUCUCGUUUUUCACAAUGCAGAAGCUCUUUCUCUCUCUUCCUAGAGCCCGAUUCCCAAUGUCCUUUUCUUCAGCUACAAGCCUUUGUCCUCCAGCAAAGAAGUAGCAAUGGCCGCUUAAACCCCUUUCUCACUCACUCGCACGCAGCGGUAUGGCUCCACAGUCUUCCUAUUCUUCCAAAAUGGGAACGCCCCUCCUCCUAGUCCUUCUCACACUACUCCUCUCCUUCACCACCUCUCCAGCCGCUACCGAAACAUUGGUCCUCGACGACCUCGCCAACCGGAGAAUCGUCACCCUUCUAAUCGGAGACUCUCUCUUGUUCAAGCGCAGAGAUCUCCAUAAUCUUUAUCUCUUUCACAACCGAAGGGCAUUAGAUCUCUGCAACUUUGCCGAUGCAUCCAUAGUUUUCCAUGGAAAAUCUACUGAGAGUAAGUGGACUCCGCCGCUGCCGGGCCGAUAUUACUUUUCCAUCAAGGAUGAGUCCGCGACGAGCUGUGAGAGGGGCGAGAAGCUGCUCGUUAGGGUGAUUUCCCAGGAGCUGAUCUCCCCUGCUUUGUCUCCGGAGGUGGCGCCACCUCCUACUGCCGGUGGCGACCUUCCAUCUUCUCCCUCUCGGGGAUGGUGGGCUUCCGGUGGCUUGGCGCCGCCACCGAGGCUGGCGCCGGAGUCCUCCCCUCUAGAGCCGAGCAAGGGCACUCCAUCGACCGCGCCUCCGCCCGAAAACCCCGAAGGAAUGCCAUUCAUUAGCAGCAACCCGGUGAUUCCAAUGCCGACAGGGGAGACUGAUACGGCCGCACUCCGACCGCUGCCCACCCCUAGCCAGGCAGCCUCUCAGGUUGUGGGACAGGCGGCCUCGCUGGAAAUUCGGACGGUGCUGGUGGCGUUCACGGCAAUAAUGUCGAGUGCUAUAUGUUUCGUUUUGUGGAUUUGAAAGCAUGAGAGGACUUGGCUGCCCUUCUAUUUUGUACGUUUCUGAAUGUCAUGUUUCUUUUAAGGGUUGGAUCUCUAGCAAUGUAGUAAGUUUUGCUUCUUUUACCUGAAAUUUAGGAUUAUCUUGAAUCUGUGAAGAUAGUAUUUGUUAUUGUCAGCUAUGUAAAAUAUUAUUGUAGUAGACUUUUGACUGGCUCAACCGAUCCAAUAUGUUGAACCCAAUUAAAUGUGGGACUUUGACAAUAUUUUUGUCUCAAACAGCUUUA